UCUUUAAAUUGAAACUGUUGUCGCUUCUUCUUCGAAUUCACCAUUCUUGCCUUCUCCUCAAUUCAAUUCCAAAUCUUUUCAGUUCUUGCGUUCUCUUCACUUUGCAAAUCCCUUUCCACUUCAGAUUUCUAGGGUUUCUCGAUAGCCAUGUCGCUGCGACCGAGUGCGAAGACAGAGAUCCGUCGAACCCGUUACAAGUUAUCUGUUGAUUCGGAAGAAGGACGGAGAAGAAGAGAAGACUUUUUAGUCGAGAUUCGUAAAAACAAACGCGAGGAAAGCUUGAUGAAGCGACGCCGCGACGGUGUUAAAGAUUUGUCUCCUGAUGAACCCUUUCAGAGUUUGUUGGAGGUUUCGGAUAUGAUUGCUGGGGUUUUCUCGGAUGAUCCUUCGUUGCAGCUUGAGUCCACGACCCGGUUCAGGAGGGUUCUAUCAUGUGAAAGAACUCCACCUAUCGAUAGCGUGAUAAAAUGUGGAGUUGUGCCACGUUUUGUUGAGUUUCUUAAGAAGGAUGAUUACCCUAGGCUUCAGUUUGAGGCGGCUUGGGCUUUAACAAAUAUUGCUUCUGGAACAUCUGAGCAUACCAAGGUGGUGAUUGAUCUUGGUGCUGUUUCACUCUUUGUUCAGCUUAUUGCUUCCCCUGAUGAUGAUGUCCGUGAGCAGGCUUUAUGGGGACUGGGUAAUGUUGCUGGUGAUUCAGUACAUUGCCGUGACUUUGUUCUUAACUUUGGGGCAUUGACUCCACUGUUGCAUCAGCUGAAUAAGAAUGCUACCCUGCCCAUACUUAGAGUUGCCACUUGGACUUUAUCAAACUUCUUCCGUGGCAAGCCUUUGCCGCCCUUUGACCUGGUGAAACCUGCUCUCCCUGCUCUUGAACGACUUGUUCAUUCGAAUGAUGAAGAAGUCUUGGUAGAUGCUUGCUGGGCACUUUCGAAUCUGUCUGAUGGUUCAAAUGAAAAAAUCCAAGGUCUGAACGAGGCUGGUGUUGUCCCAAGACUAGUUGAACUUAUCAAACACCUUUCUCCUUUUGUACUUAUUCCUGCACUUCGUACCAUUGGGAAUAUAGCUUCUGGAAAUCAUCAGCAGACCCAGUGUGUGAUCAAGUGUGGUGUUGUACCCGUUCUUGCCGACCUGCUUCGUCAAAACCGUACGAAAGGCAUAAUGAGGGAAGCUUGCUGGACGAUUUCAAACAUCACUGCAGGCACUGGAGACCAAAUUCAGUCAGUUAUUGAUGCAAAAUUGAUUCCAAGGUUGGUCAAUCUGGCUAAAAAAGCCGAGUUUGACAUAAAGAAAGAAGCUGUAUGGGCACUUUCAAAUUCCUCCGUGUGUGGUUCUCCUAAUCAAAUAAAAUACUUGGUGGAGCAGGGUUGCAUCAAACCUUUAUGUGACAUCCUGGUGUGUCCAGAUCUAAGAAUCAUAUUAGUGUGUCUAGAUGGAUUGGAAAAGAUUUUGAACGCUGGAGAGGUGGAGAAGAAGAACACAGGAGACGUGAAUUCAUAUUGUCAGAUGAUUGAAGAUGAGGAAGGGCUAGAAAAGAUUGAGAACCUGCAGCACCAUGACAACAAUGAGAUCUACGAGAAGGCAGUGAAGAUUCUGGAAACAUACUGGCUUGAAGAGGAAGGUGAAGGGUUAGUGGACAUACUGAAACCUCAAGGAAAAGGUGAUGAGGUAUAUCAGACUUCAAGUUCAAGUUCUCAUCCGGGCUUCCAGUUUGAAAUUUACUCGUUAAGAUGAUGAUCCCACACAAUCUGAUGAUAUUGAAAACAAUAGCCUCUGACAUUGGAACCAAAAGCAUGUACAUAUGGUAGGUCAAACUCAAAGUCAAAGAGUGAGUCAAGUGCUAGUUUCUUGAUGACAUUAGGCUUUUACUUGGUUUGUUACUUGAGAGAGUACAUAGUUUUGAUAUAAAAAAAAGCUUUGCAUCCAUUUUUCAGGGAAUCUAUUGUUUUGUGUUUUUCGUUUUGAAGUAUUUUGGGAGCUUUUAGAAUUGCUUCAUAUGUUGUCUAUUUGAUGGUUAAAAAAGUAACAUAG